UCCCCAUCACCCCACUCCAUUAAACUGCCAAGAAGCAGCGUGUUACCGCCUUUGAUGUUUUCGAAGACUUAAAAGCCUGCUUUGUGACGUAGGCACAGAACCUCCAACUCGUACGUCGAUUGGCUAAAGGGAGCGGAGGCGGAUACAGAACGUUGCUGUUUGUGUUUAAACGUUCCAGCGGGAGGGUGGGGUGAAGAGCAUGAAAUAGGAGUGUUUUUUUUUUUUUUUGUGGGGUGUUGUUGUUGUUUUUUUCUUUGGGGCGGUGAUCAAUUCCCCGAUCGGAGGGAGAGAUCCCGCGGAGCAGCUUGGAUUGAAAGGCGAUUCGCGAUGGUGCCGUCGCGGUGCGUGAAAAGCGAGUACAUGAAGUGCUUUAAAGAGCCGAAAUGGGAGGCGUGCGGUCCCUGCUACCAGGAGUUACUGCGCUACCGCCUGAGUCGACGCCUCUUAGAACAGGCGCAUCGGCCUUGGUUUUGGGACGAUUGGGAGCAGGACAGCAGCCUGAACGGAAGCAGCGGCAGCUCCCCAUCGUCCCAGGGCACUUCCAGCCCUCCAGUUGUCCGGCAGGCAGAAGAAGAAGCGGCGCAUCCUGCAGGGGAAAUCGAAGUCCCCGGCGGCGAUCUGGAUCUCGAUAGGAUCAGCGCGCCCGGAGAGGAUGUGACUUCCAGUCCGGAGUUGGCAAAGCCCCCCGGCGGACCCGAGGUUGACGUUCAAGAACAAUCGGGAGGGAAGGCUAUUGUCAAGAAAGAUGAAAGGAAAACUGCAGGGAAAGGAAUCGACAGCUCAAGUUGUCCGCAAAAGCAGCCUUUGAGUCAGAAGAGUGCCUCCGGCAGGCAAAGUGACAGAAAAGGAGCAAAAAACCCACAAAGGACAGAAACAACAUUGGGAAUAAAGCACCCAUUUGCUUUGUAUGGUUGGGGUGAAAAGCAGACUGACACAGGCAGUCAGAAGACACACAACGUCCGGGCAUCUGCCUCAGUAAAUGAAUGCUGCUGUGGAAGGAACUCUCGAUGCUAGAAUUAUGACUUAGCCCCUAUCAAAAUCAGCAUAAGAUAUAUGUAAAAAACAGCAGUCAGGAUGAGGAUGAGACAGGAUGAGCGCAAGUUUAGGAAUGGCACAAAGCAUUGAAGUGCUGAUGACGCCACCUUGAUAGGAACUUGAGUGCCAUUGAGAAGCUGUAAGUUCUUGCAAAAUAAUGUUACUGUACUUCUGAGAGCAUUGUGAAGAAAAGAAAGAAAAAAAAACCUAACACAAACUAUAUAGCGAUUAAACCUCGUAUGUAUGCUAGCUUAAUCAACUAAAAUUAAUAACAGCAUGUUAAGUAAAGAUUAAGUAUAAAUGAACUUGAACCUAUUUCCAAAACUCCAUGUGAUAUAAUGGCAAUUUCUGCUCAAGUAAAAUUAGUGGUACCUAUAGUAAGGCCUGAUCAAAAGAUAUGCAUUUUUGCUGUGAAGAUGUGAGAGACUGUGUGGCAGAGGAGUACAUUCAUACAGUAUUUAUGAACAGAAAAGAAGGUAUUUGUACAAAACAGCCAACCAUAUUUCAGCUUCAUAGGUUCUGUAAUGAAUUACAGCAGCUUGUUGUCUCUGUUCUUCCUUUCCUAUGAGUUAGCCUGCCCGCUAGGACAUCUAAUAACAAUAUUUUUUAUGUUCAUCCAAAUUAGAAAACUUAAUAGCUUGGAAACAAGAAGGAAUAUAAAAUGAAAUUGAAGUGAGUUGAUUAUAUUGUUUUGUUAUUUAGCUAUUAACCACAGCUUUCUAAUUUGGAAAACAAUGGGGCAAUACAUGUUGUUAACAGAAGAGCUUCUUGAUUGUAGUUGGCCUAGACCAAGAAGCAGAUAUAUGGAUGAAGAAAUUCAUAUUUUGACUUAUUAAGCUAAAAUAUGAUUAUCCAAGCAUGCAUAUUCACUAAAACAUCUUACUGCCUGAAUAAAAGCAGAGCUAUCCAUAACUAAGAUCUUUUGCACACCCUUAAAAUAUCAGUGGAUCUUAUUUGAGUAAUGUUUCAUAAAGUGCCCAUGCCAUAUGUUUAUACCUAUUUGAAAAGCUAGUAAACAAGAAUCGUAUAUGUUUUUGGUCCCGGGGCCAAUCAUAAAUAAAAGUAAAUACUAUACUAUGGAAAUAGUCUAUCAAGGAGUUGUAACUUGAAUGCAAGGUAGGAAAGCCCCUUCCUCAAUUCCUAAUCUGGGAAAGCCAAGCACCCAAAUAAUAAUAUCUGAACUUCAGGGUGGACUCAGAAGCAAACUGUUCUCCUAUAGAGUUCUGCAACUUUAAGGAUUAAAAUGUAGAGACAAUUUGUGAACAUAGAUCCCAAUUAAUCACUGCCCCCCCCCACCAUUUUUUUAAUACCUAGCUGAUAUCUUAUAUAUCACAGGUGUCAAAUUCGAUCAUGUCACUUGACAUAUCAUGACGUUUUUUGCCUUUAUGGAAUCAGGAUGGGUGUGUCGUGAGUGUGAUGCAUCCAGGCCUGAAGGCCGCCAGGUUUAACAGGCCUGUUACAUAGGCUUUCUGUUGCAACUCUUGGUUUGAUUUAUCAGCAGGUGACUGAAAUCCACACUAGUGAAAAGUCACUUCAUAUUGAUCAAAGGGAAUCCAGCAAAUUUGUUACUAGUUUUAGAUAAGAUUGGGAAUUUAGGAACCAGUUUUGGCCAUAUAAAAGUAUUGUUCUCCAUAGUGUAGAAAUGGGAGGUGCCAGGCUGGGAUAUUCUAUGCUCUAGCUCUAUGUCCUGAGUUGAAAACUUCUGAAGAUCCGCCUCCCUGGUGAUGUCUCUUCAGUUUUUUUCAACUCAGCCUAGCUCAUGGUGGCAAUUCCUUCAGCUCCUGAGCUGUGAGUUGAGCCAUAGUAAUAUUUCCCUGGAUUUUAUUUAGAUUUUUUUAAAUUUUAUUUUAUUUUUAAUUUUUUGAGUUGUGGUUCUCUUUCUCCUUUUUCCCUGCGUUUUGGAUCUGCACUGCAGGUACUAACUAGUGUAUGUUUAUGGAGAUUCUCAGUCAUCCAGGUCAUAGUUGUCCCAAAGGUGCUUUUUCAAAAGGCAAUCGGACAGACCAGUUGCCUUUUGAAAAAAACACCUUUGGGACUAACUAGUAUAAUUUACUGUGUAAUACAUAAUACAAGUAGAAUCUAGUGUAUGAAAAGAGUAGUUGGAACAUGUACAAAGUAAUGAGAUGAAGUUUUUGAGUACUUUGGGAUAUAGCAUUAUUUUCUGCAGAUUUUUAAAAAUAGAAAUAGAUAAUACUGGGUUCAGCAGCAAAAAUAUUGCACUUUAAACUGCAUCCAUCUCUUCCUAGAAGAUUUUUUUUUUUAAAAAAAUUUUUUUUAAGUGAAAGCAACAUUGUUUUUCUUAAGGAAAAUGGAUAAUACAGCUGAAUUGUUCAGCAAGUGCAAGGUGCUAAUUGCUUUUUUUUUUAUUAAGGAAGGCAAUGUUUGGAUUAAGACAGAAGCCAGUCUUUCCUCGAGUUAUUUUUGUUUCCAGUGAAAAUUAAUCUCUGUUAAGGCAAGGGCACCAAAACAAGUAUCCUAGCACAUAGUAUUUUUUUAAUGGUAUUGCACUGAUUUCAUAAUAUUAUAUGUAUUCUAUAUCAAAUUAAACCAUAAAUUUUGUGCGCUUUUAUCCAGAUAUCUGUGUGUCCAAUGCUACUUUAUAGGCACAGUUCACCUAUUAAUACUGUAGUUUUUAAUUUUAUCUUUAUCUUAGGAACAUAUCUAUUCAGCAUGUUUAUAGCUAUGAUUUCUGGACUUCUGGAAUAAACAGUUCUUUUAUUUUUCUGUUUAGCUCCUCUCAUAAUGUAGCUAAAAUUAUUAGUUAUGAUGCUGAUAGGUCUUAAUGAUAUUGCAUAUUAUUUUGACAGGGAACUGUCCAGAUUUGGGCGAAAGAUAAAUGGCUAUAUAAAUGUUUAAAAUAAAUAAAAAAAUAAAGCAAUUAGGCAGUACCAGUAAAUAUUAACAGAAAUCCUAGCAUAGAAUAUCUAUUGGUUGCGAAAAGCAGAAUAGGGAUACUACUUUGCAUAUUAUGUGCAAAUAUUAUGAAAUAGGAUUUAACAGUUGAAUUUAAUAAGCCACCUCUUACUGAAAUAUUCAUAAAAGGAAUCUAUAUAAUGCAGUAUUUUUCAAACUUGGCAACUUUAAGAUGUGUGAAAUUGCUGGCUGGGGAAUUCCGGGAGCUGAACUCCACACAUCUUAAACUUGCCAAGUUUGAAAAGCACAAAUAUAUCAAAAUUCCAAAUUAGUAUUUAGAAGACUGUUUGGGCGUGACUUUCAUCAAGUGAUUUCAAAGCUGUAUUUUCUACAACCCUCCCUUCCCCAUUUUUAAACUGUCU